GGUGACGUUGUAAUAUUUUUUCAAGCGUACGCACCGCACCCCCCACUCUCCUCACCUUUCCUUGGGGGUAUUGUUACUGCUAUAGUAUAUAGUAACACUGGCCGGAAAAGUCAUGGAAGGUCGGAGUUCCGCGCGGACAAAUGGUGACCACUGCUUAUCGCUUCCUUCCCACUCAAAGGUUGCUCGUCCUCCCAAACGAUAGGUCGACCGACCUCAACAUUCGAUUUUGUGCAGCUGCUUGAAUCGAGAGAGUCGUGACCGAACGGCAAUUCCCGGCCGCCCUACAAUUUUCGCGCUCGCAAUAAUUUUGCCAUGAUUCGUCUGCUCUUUUCCCGACCACCGCCAUCUCGGAUACCUUCCCUCUCUCCUUCUUCACGCUUAGCCCGCUCCAGUGUCAGAAAAAUGGCCACGGCGUCGACACCUGAAUUCAAUAAAAUGCUGUAUGCCCCUUUGGCAGAGAUUGACCCAGAAGUUCAAAAUAUCAUUGACAAGGAGUCAUGGAGACAACUUUCUGGUCUUGAGCUGAUUGCUUCAGAGAACCUUACCAGCCAGGCCGUCAUGGAAGCGAAUGGCUCUAUUCUGACAAACAAGUAUUCGGAAGGUCUCCCAGGUGCUCGUUACUACGGUGGUAACGAAUACAUCGACGAACUCGAGAACCUUUGUCGCAAACGGGCGCUCAAAGCGUUCAACCUCGAUCCUGCAAAAUGGGGUGUUAACGUGCAGCCUUACUCUGGAAGCACGGCCAACUUUGCCGCCUUCACUGCGCUCAUUCAACCGAAUGAUCGUCUCAUGGGUCUUGGCCUUCCCGACGGUGGCCAUCUCACUCACGGUUAUUACACUGCGAAAAAGAAAAUGACGGCCUCCUCCAUCUACUUCCAAUCAUUACCAUAUUCCAUUACUUCUGACACGAACCUCAUCGAUUAUCCCUCUCUUGCUGCCCAAGCCAAGAUAUUCAAACCAAGAAUGAUUGUCUGUGGCGCCUCUGCGUACCCUCGUGACUGGGACUAUGCUGAACUCAAAAAGACGGCCGAGAAGGAAGGCGCGUGGCUCCUGUGCGACAUGGCCCACACGAGCGGUCUCGUCGCUGCCCAAGAACUUAACAGCCCAUUUGACUACUGCGAUGUAGUCACGACCACGACACACAAGACGCUCCGUGGACCUCGUGCCGGUCUCAUCUUCUUCCGGAAAGACCUCGAGAACGCCAAGGACCUCGAGAAACGCGUCAACGAGGCCGUCUUCCCCGCGUGCCAGGGUGGUCCCCACAAUAACACGAUCGCCGCUGUCGCCACCGCUCUCCUUCAAGUUGCCCAGCCUGCAUUCAAGGAUUACGCGAAACAGGUUAUCCUGAAUGCUCGCACUCUGGCUGCUUCUCUCUCUGAGCAUGGCUACAAGCUCCAAACGGGCGGAACGGACAAUCAUCUCGUUCUCUGGGAUCUUCGUCCUCUCGGUCUGACUGGUAGCAAAAUCGAAAAGGUCUGUGAUCUUAUGGGCAUCACCAUCAACAAAAACGCUGUCUCUGGUGACGCUUCCGCGCAGGUCCCCGGUGGUAUUCGUCUAGGCACCUCCGCUUUGACUUCACGAAACAUGGUCGAGUCCGAUAUCAAAGUCGUCGCAGACCUCUUGCACCGCGCCGUCCAGCUGUCUCUGAUCCUGCAGAAGGAAGCCGGAACAAAGAUGCUGAAGGACUUUGUGCGCGUUGCGACUACGCAGGAGGAGGGCAAGGAGGGCUACGCCAAGGUGAAGCAGCUAAGAGACGAAGUACGGGCCUUCGCUAAGCAAUGGCCGCUCCCGGGUGUGGAUGCGGCAACAUUCAAGAAGCCUGAGGGUAUCCAUGACGAUUGAGAGCUGCUUGCUUUAUGUGAUAAUGUUGGCUUUGACACGACUUAGAAGAUUCAACAAUCAUUGUAUUUUGUAGCCCUACGUCCUGCGGACAUUCAACAUCGUCCGAAUAUUAUCUGUGCGAUAUAUGUAAACGUGAAAUUGGUUGUCGGCAUCUCUCAAUCAACAGGUUGCCUCGCUG